AUGGAUGCCGCGCUUCAUGCGUACAUAGCGCAGGCGUCCCCCCAUCACGCAGCGCAUUCCAAGGUGGCCGUCUCAUCGAGUGUCGAAGCUGGACGCGGCCUUGUUGCGACAUGUUCUUACAAGCCAGGCGAAAAAGUGCUCGUCGUUCCCCCACGAGCACUUCUGAAUCCAGUGCAAUUGACCCGAGGACGACGCGUAUCAUGGACGCCACUGCAAGCAGCUGAUAGCCGACGCAAUGCUGCGCCGCUUUCGACGCACCAGCUGCUUGCGUGUGUCCUUGCCAUGUGGCAUGCUCAGCAUCAACACGUCUCAAGCAUUUCCCCUAUGGACGCCUUUUUGUUGUCACUGCCAACGCAGUUCGAUACCACUCCGCUCACAUGGGCACUGGAUGGAAAAGCGUCGCUGUUAGAUGCUCUGCCACCCUCUGCGACCCACAAGCAUCGAAUGGUGCAAGCUCGUUACGAGGCAGAUUGGGCUCGUGUGCGCGCUCUCGACAAGGUGACUCUAGCGUCCAUAUGGUCCUGUAUAUCAUUCAUACCCGAGCCACCUCCUAUCGAUGAGCACGAUUUUAUUUGGGGAUGGUUGUGCGUCAAUUCUCGCUGUGUGUACAUGGACUUGCACUAUGCCAAGCAUGAGGACAACUUUACUCUAGCACCUUUGCUAGAUAUGGCCAAUCACACGAAACAUCCGAAGAAAGAAUGCCGCGUGCGCUUCAGCUCGAUGGAUGGCCUCGAACUUUACGCACCUCUCGAAGCCUCGUUGCAGGAGGGCGAGGAAGUAUGCAUAACGUAUGGCCUUCAUGACAAUGCCACACUUCUGACCGAGUACGGAUUUGUGCUUCCUCACCAUGUUGGUGAAGAUGACCGGCAGAAACAAGCGAAUCACUGGCACGGCAAUCCUCAUGCAGGUGUGUGGCUCGACGAAGCGGUAGAACACAUGGUACAGAGCCAAGGUGAGGCAGGUGCGUGGAAACGCUCGCUUCUUCAGCAGGCUGGAUACUGGGGAGACUACACUAUACACCCCUGUCCGGCUCCGGCUCAUCCUUCGCAUCGCUUGCACACGGCGCUCCGCCUCCUCUGUAUGGACGUUGAUUUUCACGCACAAGAGCAUGGCGGGCUACAUGCACGACUUUCUACAAAUCCACGCACGCAAUCCGCAUACACACCCCAAGAUGCCGAACGUGUCUGGCGUCUUGUCAUGCAAGGCAGGCGCGAGCAGGUAUCGGCUUCAAAUGAGCAGUCUGUCCGCGACAUGGUCAUCUCCUUGUGUGACGACAUCACGAGCGGGCAUGCCACGCGACUGGACAACCUGAAGGGCGCAGACAACGUUUCAGCGAGCAUGGUACGUGCGCUACUAGAAGAAGAGUGCCAUAUAGCUUCGCUUGUCAAGGCGAGUACUGAACGCGCGGACCCUUGGUAG